AUGCCGGUGCGACAUAAAGCUGGGACUGUGAAGUCCAAACAGGGAUCAACUUCGCAGUCGAAGGCUCCUGCUGCAAAGGGUCCCAAGGCUGCCAUCAAGAAAAAGGAUGAUGAGGAUGGGACAGAGAUGGGUGAUGGUGCAGAUGAAUGGUUGCAGGGGAAAACCCUGGUGAAACCACCUGACCAGCUGGACCUCACAGAGGCUGAACUGAAAGAAGAGUUCACAAGAAUCUUGACGGCAAACAAUCCACAUGCUCCACAGAAUAUCGUCAGAUACAGUUUCAAAGAACGUGCCUACAAGACCAUCAGCAGUGUGGACCAGCUGGCUGUUCAUUUUGUGCUGGAGGGAAACCUACUCCAUAAGGAUUCUGAUGAGGCACGAAGACAAAGAGCCAGACAAGGUCUUCAAGAGGAAAUAAUAGUAGAGACCAAUGCUGAGGAAACAGAAGAGGAGAUAUCCGAGACUCCAGUGGAUGGAGCAGAGGAUGCUGGGGAGACAGAAGAAGGUGGAGCAGAGGAGAGACCUGACAGUGUGGAGGUGAAGGCAGGCAAGAAAGAGCAGAAACUCACCAACCAGUUCAACUUCAGUGAGCGAGCAUCCCAAACUCUCAACAACCCCCUGAGGGAGAGAGAAUGCCAAACAGAACCACCUCCUCGUGCAAACUUCUCAGCCACAGCCAAUCAGUGGGAGAUCUAUGAUGCGUAUGUAGAGGAGUUACAGAGGCAAGAAAAGAAUAAGGAAAAACAGAAAGCAACCUCUAAAAAGGAUGAUGAGAAAGUCAAGAAAAAGACUAUGCAGGUGGAGACACAGAGUGAUGACAUCUCUAAAGUGUCUAAAGCAGCAAAAAUCAUUGAGCGAAUGGUGAACCAGAAUACGUUUGAUGACAUAGCCCAGGACUUUAAGUAUUUUGAGGAUGCAUCUGAUGAGUUUCGUGAGCAAGAGGGCACUCUUCUCCCACUGUGGAAGUUCCAGUAUGAUAAAGCUAAGCGUCUGUCCGUUACUGCCCUCUGCUGGAAUAAAGUCUACAAAGACUUGUUUGCUGUAGGCCUUGGGUCAUACGACUUCACAAAGCAGGGUCGUGGCAUGCUCCUGUACCACUCCCUAAAAAACUCCACCUUCCCAGAAUACAUCUACCCGACACCAUCAGGGAUCAUGUGUCUGGACAUCCAUGACCAACAGACCCACCUGGUCGCUGUGGGCUUUUAUGAUGGCUGUGUGGCUGUGUACAACCUGAAGGAGAAGAGCCUGGAACCGGUCUAUAAAAGUACUGCCAAGUCAGGGAAGCACACAGACCCUGUGUGGCAGGUGAAGUGGCAGAAAGAUGACAUGGACAACAAUCAUAAUUUCUUCUCCGUGUCCUCUGAUGGACGGGUGGUGUCUUGGACCCUUGUGAAGAACGAGCUGGUAUACACUGAUGUUAUUAGACUGAGUGUGGGCGGUGCUGUAUCAGAUGGUCUAGAGGCCAUGCAGAUCCCCACCACUGCAUGUGGAACAUGCUUUGACUUCCAUAAACAGAUUGACUACAUGUUUCUCAUUGGCACAGAAGAAGGCAAGAUCCAUAAGUGCUCUAAGGCAUACUCCAGUCAGUUCUUGGAGACAUACGAUGCUCAUAACAUGGCAGUGGAUGCUGUUAAGUGGAACCACUGCCAUCCCAAAGUCUUCAUCUCCUGCAGUUCUGACUGGACUGUGAAGAUCUGGGACCACACCAUUAAGAACCCAAUGUUCACCUUUGACCUGAACGCAGCUGUGGGAGAUGUGGCGUGGUCUCCAUACUCCUCCACUGUCUUUGCAGCCGUCACUACUGAUGGAAAGGUUCACGUGUUUGACCUGAGCGUCAACAAAUACGAGGCCAUAUGCCAGCAGGCUGUCGUAGCCAAGAAGAAGACCAAGCUGACUCACAUUGAGUUUAACCCCCUCUACCCCAUCAUCAUCGUGGGCGAUGACCGCGGCUACGUCACCAGCCUCAAGCUUUCUCCUAACCUCCGCAGGAAGCCAAAGGAGAAGAAAGGUCAGGAAGUGCCUAAAGGACCUGAAGUGGAGGUUGCUAAGAUGGAGAAACUCCUGAGUUUGUUGAGAGAGCCUGAUAUCUCUCCACAGAACUGA